UGAAGCCACGCGCAAACUGGUGGAACAAGCACAUCAUAUGCCGAAAAUAGACACAGAAUGCUGGAGUAACUCAGCUGGUCAGGCUGUAUCUCUGUAGAAAAACCAUGGCUAUCUCCAGUUCCCUCUUCUUUAUUUUCACUCUGAAGAAGGGUUCCAACCAAAACAUUCACCUAUCCUUUAUCUUAUAUUAUAUCUCAACCAGUUUUCGUGCAAAGACAACCAAUGAUGCCCCUACAUACUAUAUAGACCACACACAGUCUGUGUCGUCCGGAGCUUAUUUGGUGGUUGUGGUGUUUAAUAGCCUGAUGGUUGUAGGGAGGUACUGCAUAGAUUAAUAUUUGACAGGUGAUUUAGUGGAGAACCCUGUCAAUUAUUGACUGAAGGGACAGCAGGUUGUGGAGCGGGAAACCUCACAGUCCGCGUUGAUCGGAAGCCUGGGCUCGGAGACAGGACGUAGGCUCGGCAGGGCUGUGGAUGGACAGGCAGGGGCUGAAUCCCCGGCACAGUGCGCACCCUGACUAACACCAGCGCGUAACGCACAGCGCGCUGUUUGCAAUUCACUUGGUAUGAACGGAGGGCUGAACCUCCCGCCGAAGACAGGUACUUUGUGGCAAAUCCAUUCAGAAGGGGGUUCGGGAAAGCGAUUUUGUCGGGAAAGAGAGGAUCCACAAACUGACUAUCGUAGGCUGGAUUCCCACUGGGCUGAACAGAUGUAAUUCCGGUAAAGAUGAAUUCUCCUAGAAGGUACUUCAGUGAGAGACUCCGAUCCAGACUGGGGUCUCUGCUGCUGCUCUCCCUGUGUUACCUGUUGCUGCUGCUCCCGGCCUACCAGAAGCGUCAGGACAUCUGGCAGCUCUACAGCAUGGCGGCCGAUCGCAUGGCGCACCUUCACAACAAGUCUCAGUGGAUCGUUUCAAGCCGCUGCAAGGUGAACUUCAGCCGCACCAGACUCACCGAGCUGUAUCCAAGGAAAGCUCUUGGCAGCGUCCCGGUCUUUGUGGGACGGGGCUCGACCUCACUCCCUGGCGGCGGGAGGUACGAGCCACCCUUUGGGUUCAGAGGAUGCGAGGAACAGCUUCGGGAAACCCUGGAGAUGCUGCCGGAAGCUUCUGGAGGGAUUCCCGGCGAGGAGCUGGCGCUGUCUGGCUGCAGGAGAUGCGUGGUGGUGGGGAAUGGAGGCAUCCUGGGCGGAAGCCGGCUCGGACCGUACAUUGACCAGCACAGCGUCGUUAUCAGACUGAAUAACGGGCCGGUGUCGGAUCACGCACGGGAUGUGGGUACAAAGACUACGCUGCGGAUUGCGUACCCAGAGGGUGCUCUCAAGUCUCCCCGGGAUUACGACCCAGCCUCGCUGCUGGUGGUGGCAACGUUCAAGUGCACGGACCUGUCUUGGGUAAAGGCCAUGGUCAGGAAGGAGCCACUGAGCCUUUGGCAGAAGAUGUGGUUUUGGCAAUCGGUGCCCGAUCUGAUUCCUUUGGAACCACACAAUUACCGGAUAUUAAAUCUGGACAUUAUUCGGGAAACAGCGAUGAACUACCUGGGCUUUCUGGAGCCAACCUCCAAGCGGUGGAGAUGGAAACAGAUGGUUCCAACACUGGGAGUGACCUCGGUCGUCACUGCCUUACACCUCUGUGAUGAGGUGAACCUGGCUGGCUUUGGCUACAACAUGCACCACCUCGAUCUACCUCUACACUACUACGAGGCUAUCCGCAUGGAUGCCAUGAACGCUCAGGCUGUGCACAACGUCAACCAAGAGAAGCUCUUCCUGGCCGCUUUAGUGAAGGGGAAUGUCAUCAAUGACCUUACGGAGGGGGUCAACUGGUAGGACAUCUACUCAAAAUCUUGCUAAAUGCAGGCAACUGUGUAGAAGGAAGGAAAUGCAGAUGCUGGUUUACCAAGGAACAAGGCAAAGUGGAUGUGGAGAGGAUGUUUCCAUUAGUGGGAGAGUCCAGGACCUGGAG